CUCAAGGACAUCAAAAACUACUACGGCACACUUGAACUAGCUGACCCGAAGCUUGCUGCAACCCCCGAAGAUAACAGUGAGGCAAUUGAACAGCUUGUUAUUUCACACGGAUACAGCUGCAACGCAUGCCGAUAUCUCACUAUUGCACGAGAUAAUAUUGUCCGCCACUGGAGAGAGGCAGGGCAUGGAGCAGCAGAGGAGCGAUGGACCGAGGUGCGGCUGCAGACGUGGAUGGGAGGACAUUAUGCGCGCUACUGGAUCGUUCGAGACGAUAGCGAUAGCAAUGGCCCGUCCGAUACGGCUGACGAAGCUAAUGCUAGAAGUCAGAGCGCUAUGGAUGAGGUUAUCGCCGCAAGUGAGGCUCGAUUGAAAGAGAAAGAUGCCGCACGACUGCGAAAAGGUGACUUAAAGGAAGAUAUCGACCGUGACUCGUCGUGGGUUAAAAGGGUAGGCUGGGUACGACACUUUGGCUCCCGGGACUUGACCAGUAUUCACGACGCAGCCGAGUGGCUACGGGCGAGGGCA